AUGAAUAUCUUCAGGUUGGCAGGUACGUUUUGCUUGUCCCGUAGCUUGAUCGGAAGUGAGGGCCGGGCAGUUUUGGCUUCGAUUCUGGACCAGCUUUCAUCGGGGGUUAAGAUCGGAUUUCUCCCAUCUGGUGUCCAUAUUGAUUCUCCUCCAGAAGAUGAAGUCGUCCAGUCUAAAAAUUCCCUCUCUCCAUCCAGAGCUGCUCAGGCCUCUCUUUUAAAUCGCAAGCGCUAUAUUUCUUCGUCUACGUUACGCGACCUCUUCUGGACCUUCACCGACUCCGCCUAUAACACCAUCUUCAAACUCCUCUUCAUCUCCUCCUCCGCAUACACAAUAUACCUCAUGGUAAACGACUAUAAACCCACCCACGACCCAAACAUCGAUACCUUCAAGGUGCAAUACCUGCUCGGCGCAUCGGCCGUUCUGGGAAUACUCUUCCCACCCAGAUAUGAGUUCUCAGAGAUCCUCUGGGCCUUCUCCAUCUGGCUUGAAUCCGUCGCCAUCCUCCCGCAACUCUUUAUGCUCCAGCGCACCGGCGAGGCGGACACGAUAACGACUCACUACCUCUUCGCGCUGGGGAUUUAUCGCGCGCUAUACAUACCGAACUGGAUCUAUCGGUAUUUCGCAAAUGGGUUCUUCGAGCCUAUCUCUGUGAUUGCGGGUGUUAUUCAGACGAUAUUGUAUUCGGAUUUCUUUUGGAUAUAUUAUACCAAGGUUCUAAAGGGCAAGAAGUUCACGCUGCCCGUAUGA